GCCAGACACCAGCCGAACAAGACACUCUCAGACAGACCUCAUAUAGGAAGAAAGAGAGAGACACUGAAGCCAACGCUUCAGCAUUUUUCCUUUCGUAAAGGAGUGAUCAACUAGUGGAUCCGGACAGGUUUUCCAGGUCCACGCUUGGAUGUUUAUAUCUUUUUAAUCUCAGCUUUGAGUUUCAUCACUGCAACCGGACACUUCCACUAGUCAAGACAGUCCAACCGCAGCGGUAUCAGAGCACAUACAUACAUGGGGAUCAUCGCAGCAUUGCCCGGAAGAUGUGUAUCACUGCUCCGCGACUGAGAUCUGUGUCGCCUGCGCUCGUCGUGGGAUCGGAUCCCCCGGUUCAUGUCCCCGUGUCUUUCUCGGUGAACUGAGAUGGCUCUUUGCGCUGUGCUGCGACAGACACGCAGACCGCGGCAGGAGAACCGGACACAUGUAGUUUUAAUGACAACUUACUGCUUUUUUUGUAUAUUGCCAGUGAAGCAACUUUGCGCGUUCCCAUCAUCGCUGAGCGACUGUCAAACACCCACCGGGUGGAACUGCUCCGGGUUUGAGGAGCAGGACACUGAUCUUUUUCUGUGCGACACAAACACGUGCAAGUUUGACGGCGAGUGCCUGCGAAUCGGGGACACGGUGACAUGCAUCUGUGAUUUUAAGUGCAGCAGUGACUAUGCUCCAGUGUGCGGAUCUAAUGGCGAGAGCUAUGAGAACCAUUGUCUGCUGCGCAAAGACGCCUGUAAAUUACAAACAGAGGUGCUGGUGGUGUCGGAGGGCGCCUGUCCUGUCGGUACGUCCCCGUAUCGUAGAGAUGCUGGCUCUGGAUCAGGGGAUGAUGUUAAUGAGGGCUCAGCAGAGAUCAGUCAGAAGGAGACAUCAACGUGCGACAUUUGUCAGUUUGGGGCCGAGUGCGACGAGGAUUCUGAGGACGUGUGGUGUGUGUGCAACAUUGAUUGCUCCCACAUCAGUUUUAAUCCAGUCUGUGCAUCAGACGGCCGUUCCUAUGACAACCCCUGCCAGGUGAAAGAGGUGUCGUGUCAGAAGCAGGAGAGGAUUGAGGUCAAAUACCUUGGACAUUGUAAGGAGGAGAAAGACCAGGUGAGCGAGGUACCGUGGGGUCUUUACAUCCCGUGUCCGGAGCGUUACAAGAACUACUGUGUCCAUGGAGAGUGCGAGUAUCCUAGCAACCUCUCGCCCCCCACCUGCAGUUGUCACUCGGGCUUCAUUGGGCCCCAGUGCGACAGGAAGGACUAUAACGUGAUGUACGUGGUACCUGGUUCGGGAAAACUGCGCUAUGUUCUGAUCGCAUCCAUCAUUGGAGCUCUGCAAGUGGCCAUUAUCUGCCUCGUAGUGCUUUGCAUCACACGAAGGUGUCCACGUGGGAAUCGGAUAGCACGACAGAAACAAAACGUCCCACAUUUCAACUCGGAAAACACCCUGCGGGCCUCCACCAGACUCAUCUGACGAACCCUUAAACUUAGAGUGACAUGUGCUAAAGACAGCAGAGAAAAAGGCCCCAGGGAAUUGUGGGAACACACACCCCUUCAGACAGGUGUUGCUGGGUGUGUGUAGGAACCGAAGCGAACCGUAUCGUCCCUGGAUUCCCGAAGGACGCAAGCAGGGCACGGCCUCACGGGACGGGCCUGCAGUGGUUUUUCCACCUGGCAUGCAGGCUGGAGUCAGACUCAAUGGGAAAGAGAACGGGGCAGUCUGCUUCGUCAGAGCGUACAGCCAAAAACAGCCCUUCCCUGGGGUUGCAACAAUCUGGAAAAGUGUUUGUGGAUGGAUGGAUGAAUGGGAGUAUGACUGGAUGAUGGAUGGAUGACUGGAGAGGUGUGCCACAUGUUGCCUUGUAUUUGUCGUCAAUGACACCAUCGAAGAAAUGAGCUCUCCAGGGCUCUCUUUGUAAUGUAUUAUAUAUUUCCAAUAGGUUAACAUACUUGUGAUGUUUUUUCUUUGUUUUUAUUUGCUGUAAUGUAAAUAAAUAAUUUAUAUCAUGUGAACUGA